AUGACUAAUUUCACUAAAUCUACGCAGAGCACUGUCGUCGUCCUAUCCGCCAUCGUAGCCUGUGCCUAUGCCGGGGGACUCCUAGGUGGCUACGGCCUCGGUGGCCUCGGAUACGGAGGAUAUGGACGUGGUUACGGCGGCUAUGGCCUCGGAUACGGCGGAGGCUACGGCGGAGGCUACGGCGGAGGUGGUGGAGGCUACGGCGGAGGCGGUGGAGGCUACGGCGGAGGCGGUGGCGGCUACGGCGUUGGUGGCGUAGGCGUCGGCAGCAGUGUCGCUCUUCUUAGUGGAGGUCCUCCCUUCGCCAAAGCCGUGGCCGGACCAGCCUUUGUGAUAAGGACGGUUCAUCACGUGAACAAAGUCAACGGCGGAGGAGCCGUUCUCGCUCACUCUGGCCUCGGUGGCGGUUAUGGAGGCGGCUAUGGAUAUGGCCGUGGCUACGGAUACGGAGGCGGCUACGGCUAUGGUGGUGGCUACGGUGGCUAUGGUUACAAGGGCUGA